GUGCCAAAACAACAUUGAAGAACCUUAUUCCUUAUUGCCCAUGGAUUAUGUUAUGUUUUAUAAGUCAGAUUAUUAAAAAAAAACAAUAAUUGUUGCGACCUCUAUAAAACGUCGUCUAGGUCUUAGUUUGAGGGUGAUGAUUAUUAAUAGUGUUUUCAGGAUUUUUAUCAUGACGGGUGAUGGAGCGGUUAGUGAUUAAAUUAUUAAUAUUUUUAUUUAUUAAUAACCUUGUAGAUUUUAUGUGAUAAACUAUUAUGCUGCUUAGGAGUGAAAUAAUGCAAGUUAUCAUGAAGUAAUAGUUGAAAUUUGACUACGAGCACGAGAGAAAAGUCGCAACAAGCCUAAAAGUUAGGCUAUACUUUAUAAAUUAUACUUAUAAGUUAUAGUAUGGGAGCUCAGCAGGGCAAGGAAAACCGUGGAAGAGGGUCCUCUGUUGGUAGUAGUCAUGGUGGAAAGUCUGGUAAAUGCUACAAAAAUAGGUCCAAGGAUUCCAGAUUAUCUUCAAUAUCAGGAAAUGUAUUCACUGAACAUAAUGGCAAAAGCCCUCAUGCAGAGUAGGCCCUUGCCAGAAAUCCCCGACUUUGGAGAUCACCUGAGCAACAUAUCCAUAUCCAACGAAGAAUCAUCCCAGUGGAUAUCCAAAGAAAAUCUCCUGGCUCCGGAGGACUCUGAUCCCUUGUUAUUUGUAGCACUCUAUGAUUUUCAAUCUGGUGGAGAUAAUCAGUUGUCUCUGAAGAAAGGAGACCAAGUUCGAGUGCUGUCGUAUAACAGGACAAGAGAGUGGUGUGAGGCACAGUCCAGGUUAGGUCAAGUUGGCUGGGUACCCAGUAACUACAUAACCCCUGCUAAUAGUUUGGAAAAACACUCCUGGUAUCAUGGACCUAUUUUUAGAAAUGCAGCUGAAUAUUUGCUCAGCAGUGGUAUCAACGGGAGUUUUUUGGUUAGAGAAAGUGAAAGCAUAUCAGGCCAGAGAUCGAUAUCUCUAAGAUAUGAUGGACGAGUGUAUCAUUAUCGAAUUAAUGAAGACAGGGAAGGCAAGGUGUAUGUGACAUCCGAAUGUCGAUUCAACACCUUGGCUGAACUUGUCCACCACCAUUCCGUGCGUGCUGAUGGAUUGAUAACCCUCUUGCUUUAUCCAGCUCCCAAGAGGAACAAGCCUGCUGUGUUUGCUCUUAGCCCGGAACCAGAUGAGUGGGAAGUUGACAGAACGGAUAUUGUUAUGAAGCACAAACUUGGAGGAGGACAGUAUGGUGAUGUGUAUGAAGCUAUCUGGAAGAAGUAUAACACGACAGUUGCUGUCAAAACGCUCAAAGAAGACACAAUGGUUCUGAAGGAUUUUUUAGAGGAGGCUGCUAUUAUGAAAGAAAUGAAGCAUCCGAACUUGGUCCAGUUGAUUGGUGUGUGUACUAGAGAACCACCUUUCUACAUCAUCACAGAGUUCAUGCCCCACGGUAACUUGCUGGAUUUUUUAAGAAAUGCUGUGAGAAAUGACAUCACAGCUGUGAUACUGAUGUACAUGGCUACUCAGAUAGCCUCGGCAAUGGCUUACCUAGAAUCGCGUUGCUUCAUACAUCGGGAUUUAGCAGCAAGAAACUGUUUGGUGGGAGAUAACCACCUAGUGAAAGCAGCUGACUUUGGCCUAGCUCGACUGAUGCGUGAUGACACGUACACUGCACAUGCUGGGGCCAAAUUCCCAAUUAAGUGGACAGCUCCUGAAGGACUUGCUUACAACAAGUUUUCUACCAAGUCUGAUGUCUGGGCAUUUGGUAUCCUUCUGUGGGAAUUGGCCACUUAUGGAAUGUCUCCUUAUCCUGGGGUUGAGCUGACAGAUGUUUAUCAUAUGCUGGAAACUGGUUAUCGCAUGGAGUGCCCACCAGGGUGUCCACCAAGGAUUUACGAGUUAAUGAGGCAAUGCUGGUUGUGGGAGCCUCUUGAAAGGCCAACUUUUAAACACAUUCACCACACUUUAGAAACCAUGUUCCAGAAUUCCAGCAUAACAGAAGAAGUAGAGAAACAGCUCGAGAAGCAUGUUCCAGUACCUUGCAGAAUGUAUGGAGAACGGUCACCCAGUCUUUAUCAGCGUAAUGAAGAUUACCCAUUAGCUGAUCAAGGUUGUCAUAGAGGAGGCUCUUCUAAAUGCCAGACCACCCUCACUACUAGAUCUACACUUGUUCAACUUCGAAGACAUGGUCCUCAUAACAAACCAGCACCCAUACCACCAAAACGAACCAGUACCUUUCAAGACAGUGCCUACCAAGACCAGCCUUAUGGAACUAUUGUUGGAAAGGAAACGGGUAAAAAUACCCUAAAUGGCAUUGAGAUCACAAACAAGAUAGUUAGGGAGGUAAACAGCAAUGGAGAAAGGGAUGGUGAUUUAAGAGAGAGGACUCCUGACACUGAAGAAUCGGACACUCGUACGGCAGCUUCACUUUCUAGUGUUCCAGCAAUAUCCCUGAAUCAGCAAAAACUGAAAAAAGCAAGGACCUACUCUCCUAAUAAUCAGCAACAUUAUAACACAAAAGAUAACAGUACUUCAAAUAAAACAAAAGAACCCAAGAAAGUACAAGUUGUAGCUCUAGAAGUUCAAAAUGUAAAACGAGCCAUUAAUCGUUAUGGUACUCUUCCCAAGGGAGCAAGAAUUGGAGCGUAUUUAGAUUCACUCAGACAGCAUGGUCUCUAUGCUGGAACCAAGUAUCCUGAGCCUGUUAUAGAAAGUGAGCCACAAGUUUUAAGUGAGGUUGGGUGGGAAGGUUCUACUAUGCAUCAAUACUCGCAAAAACAAAAUUUUAGCAACAUAAAUGCUUAUAAAACAGAGACUGGAAUUCAUUUCUCUUCAAGAUACCCACCUUCUAGCUGGCAAAGACAAGAGGGUGUUAAUGGUUCAUCUCAAGCUUGUCUACACAGACAGAAGUCAGAUUUUACAUGCUCUAAGAACAAGGAAAUAUUUGAAAGCGGAUCUAUCCCAGACUUCAGACACCUUAGUUCAAAGCCUGCUCUAUCUCCUAGGCUACCUAGAAGUCGAAGGAUAGGUCACAAAUCUUCUCAGGAUGGGAAAAAUAAGGGAAUAGUUUGCAUGUCUCGGGAGUCUGAAAACAACCAUGUAACUGGUAUUGACAAUUCUUCAAAUGCUGGUGCUGAAACCAAACUUCAAGGCCAUUUUAAUAGCUACACUAGAACUCUCAAUACUUCGGAAUCCAGAGCUGCCGAUUUUCAGUCGUCGUCACCAUCUUUUGGUUCUAGUGUUUUACAAAAAUCACUAAGAAUAAGACCCAAAGAGAGAUCACCAAGUCCUCCAAAAUUCCCAAUUGUAAAAAGUGGUUCAAUAGAUAACCAAUUGAGAUGGAAGACUGAGAAGGAAUUUGAUCAGAGUCCAUUAAAAUGUCCAAACACCAUAACUCCACUAACUUGGAGUGCUAGUGUAGAUAGUCCAUUUUUUUCAGGAAAAGGCCAGAAGUAUUCAGAAACUAUAAAGGUAUCUCAGGAUAUCGUUUCUCCUCCACCAUCACCAUGUACAGAAGGUUUUCCUUCACUUCCUGCAUUUGUUAGAGAUUCUGUGGAUUUGUGCACAGAACAGCAGAUUAUGUAUGAAGGCAAAGCCCCUUUACUUGCCAAGGUGGAAAACAUUAGUCAAACAACGAAGAACCCAGCAGCUCAUCUAGUCUUAGAACUCUUUGAGAGUCUUAAACUGAAAGCGAGAAGAAGAGCCAUAGAAAUGGGAGAUGCGUCUUCCCAAACCACUGAAGAAGUGGAAAGAUCUUCAGAAAUGGCUAAAGAACAGUUGGGUGCUGCACAUCCUCCAAAAAAGGGUUUGCUUUCUCCAAAAUUACUUUUAAAACCUGAACCUGUAAAUUGUUCAAUAUUAGGCUCUCAGGAAAGGAGUGAGCUUAACAAGCAGAUCAGCUCAAAUAGGGAAAAAGGAACAGGGAAAUCGCAGUUUCAUUUUUAUGUACCCAUCAGUAGACUAGUAAAAACACCCGAAGAAGAUGCAGAAGAAGCUUCCAUUUGUGAUAUUAAUAAAGUUAUACCAAAAUUGAAGUGUAAAGUUCUAGAGGAAGAGAACAAACAAGAACUGGUGGAUGUGUGUCAGUUAAACAAAUCAUUUAGCAUUAAAGAAGAUGAAGAAGAGAGACAUAGUUCUGGAAGUAUUACAAAUGAAGAAAAGAUCUCAGAGAAAGAGAGCAUUAUACAAGAAUCAGAACUUAGCACUGAUAGUCCUCGCAUUAUCAGCCCCGAGGUUAUGGCACAUCAACCAGAGACACUAAAAAUAAAGAAAACACAGUUGCUGGAAUUAGAAGAAGAAACUUUGAAAUGUGGGAGUACUGAAACAGAAAGUUCAUCAAUUUAUGUCAAAGAUAAUGUUACACCAAAAACAUCACUGAUAGUUGAACAGAUAGAAGAAGUCACUAAUCAAGAAGAACUUGUGACUGAAUCAAAAACUUACCCUCAAAGUAACGAAACUGAAGGUCACUUGUCCCCAGUUAUUCCUAAACCUGCGGUUCCACUGAAACCACCACUCAAGGAUUCUCGUGCUGUGCUGUCUCCAGGUACUAGGCCCUCUAAAACAGUUAACCAGCCCUGCGUUUCUCACCAAGAAGAUGUUGAAAGUUCUCCAUUAUCACAGGGGACCGAAGAUGAGGAGACCGAUGAAUUUUAUAGCAUCACAAGCAAGAAUACCAUAUUGGAAAUCUCCACAGCCCUUGAAAAUAGCAUCCAUUCUCUAAAAAUUGCCACUUCUGUAAGUAGUGGAAAUGUUAUGCAACUAUCAGAUAAAGUGCAACUCUUUCGAUCUUCCUGCGUAAACUAUGCAGAGAGUAUUUCACCACAUGGGAAGUUUCGUUUUCGCGAACUAUUGUCUAAACUAGAAAAGCAGGGAGAACAGUUGCCUACAAGUAGCAGUAAUAACAGUGUAUCUAGUUUCAGACUUUUUGAUGAAUUACAAAAUACUGUGAGAGACUUAGUAAACAUAGUACAGAGAUGAACAAUUGGGAUAGUGUAUUAAAAAAAAAGUUACUAUUAUGUAAAGUUUAGGGGGGGUAAGCUUAUGGAUUCUAGUUAACAGUAAGUUUGACUUACCUGGUUAUCUAGUCUUAACUUUGCUCAUUAGUGGAGUUAACAGAAAUAAAUCAACUACCUGACUCUUUGUUACUAUAGUUUUAAAUGGGAAAAGCAAUGCGUUUACCACUUUGAUGUUGUGAGGGGGAAACUGAGUUUUGUUUCAUAACAUCAUAGGUCAUAGAUGUUGUACGUUCCCUUUAAAAAAAAAUAGCACCACAAAGAUGACCUAGAAGGAAUGAAGUAAACAAUGUGUGUGUGUGUGUGUGUAGGAAAGUAAUAAUUUAGAGUUUUCUACUGUUGUAUUUCCAAAUACAAUAAGAUAUAUUUCUUGUUCCAAUCAUCAUUCUUUUCAUUCCUCAACUGUUGUCAAUUAACAUAAUGUCCCAAACAAAUCAUUUUUGUGGUUUACAAAUUGACGUCGUUUCAGACUCAUAGUUGGGAAGUACUUUGCCUCACAAUGAGGCUUUAUAUACUUGAAAUUGUCUGUACUUGGUGAAACUCCAUAAUUACAGAAUUGAGUAAAUAUAAGACAGUUGCAUGUUUCACAAAUACAUAAUUUAUUACGACCAUGGUUAUGCCAUGAUGAUGAUGAUGAUGCCUUUACUGGUCGUAAUAAAUGAUGUAUUUGUGAAACGUGCAACUGUCUUGUUUUUCCUCAAUUCUGUAAUGAGGCUUGAGUUGUAUUUUCUCCAAGAAAUUGUACGGAAAAAAGUUUAAUUUGCAUUAUGACGUAAUUCUGGUCAAAAGAUGACUUAAUCAUGUGUGUAUCAUUUCAAGAAAGUGUAUUAUAUAAUCUACUUUAUUUUAUCCUUUGUAAACAAGCAUGUGAAUAUAUUUAUAUUUGUGUAUUUAAUUAAGUUAAAGUAAUCCUGUGAUUUUUUUUUUACUUCUUUUGUUUGUAGUUAGUGGAUUUAUUGCUACUGCAAGUGGACAUGGUUAUGUUUUCACCCCUGUGUGUGUGUGUUGGUCAGCAAGAUUUCUCAAAAACAGUUGAAUGGGCUUAGACAAAAGUUGAUAUAUAUAUACAUUUGGACUAUGACCCAACUUAGAAGUGAUUAGUUUUAGAGGGUCAAAGUCACGAAAAUUUAAAAAAAUUCCCUAUCUGUUAUCUUGGGGACCGAUUUCUGCCUUAUAACCCAGUCUAAAGUGAUCUGAUUUUGAUGAAACUUGGUGGACAUGUGUAGAAUAUUAUUCCUCGUUGUCGUGCUAGAGACGUUCCGUGUCCAUUGAUAACAACGGACACAUUUUUGUAUUUUUGGAGAACCAAAUUCGAUGAACGAUGCGUGGCGGAGGUGUGCGCUCUACUGAGUGCCCCCCCGAGUUUGAACCUAGAAUACUCUCUAGUUUGUAUUUUAUACAUUUGUUUUUAGGCAGAAGAGUAAGUUUUGAAGUAGUUUGUAGAACAAAUUGAAUCAUUGCGACUUUAAAACUAUAAAUGUGUUUAGAAAACAGU